UGUUCAGCCCCUUGGUACUUUUACUGCUUUCUUCUUCACUCCUCUUCUAAAGUGGAAAUAUCUUUGAUAAACAAAACAGAGAAAAAAAGGUCAUCACCCUUAGAGUGAAAUCGACGUUCUAGAAUCCUUUUUCAGGCUAGUAAUAUCGCUGGUUUUUUUCCAAGUUUUCCAAGUCACGCAGUUAAAGAUUACAUAAAGGGAAAGCUUUGAGGAGAGCUGCUAGGUAAGAGGACACUUAAGUGUGAAGAACAGUUAACAAAAGAAAUGGAGGGUAAUAAGUCAAGGGAGUGGCUUGAGAAGUAUUACUCACCUAGCCGGUGGAAUAAGCGCAUGGGAGCAGACAAAGUAGUUCAGCAUUAUUUGAAAGUUUGCGGUGAAUGCAGUGAAGAAACAAAACAAAGUUUGAAUGUUGAACUGAAUGUGCCUUAUGGGGAAGGUAAAGCCAAGAUGGAUGUAUUUUAUCCCCCACUGAAUGACCAUGAUAGUGCUCCAGUCAUUGUGUUUAUUCAUGGUGGUUACUGGCAGCAAGGCAGUAAAGAUUUGUACAGUUUUGUCAGUAAUUCAUGGACAAAAGCUGGAUGUAUUGCAGUAGUUUUGGGUUAUAAUCUUGCACCAGAGGCCAGUGUGGAACAGAUCAUCACUGAAAUCCAAGCUGCACUAGAGCACAUUGUUGUUAAGUUUCCUAAAUCAAAACUGUUUUUAUGUGGACAUUCUGCUGGUGCACACUUAUCUGCCAUGAUGGCACUUGCAAAUUGGAACAAGGGUGGGUUAGUUUCACAAGCUGUUCAUGGCAUGUUUUUACUCUCUGGGAUUUUUGACUUGGUUCCCUUGGUUAACACUAGCAAUAAUGAUGCAUUAAAAUUGGAUGCAGAUUCCGCUGCAAAAAUUAGCCCCCUGACAAUUCUUAAGGAAGUAUCUCCCACAAUCUGCUGUCCUACACUGGUUGUAGUUGAAGAGCAUGGAUCUCCAGAGUUCAUUCGGCAGUCAAAAGAAUUUGAUGAGAUCUUGAAGUCACAUGGUGUACAAAGUUCCUUUUUAUGGCUUUCUGGAGUAGAUCAUUUUAAUUUAAUUGAAAACAUGGCUGAUCCUGAAGAUCAACUUUGCAAAGAAAUUUUAAAAGUUGUCCUUAAACAAUCUUAAUAUCUUUUGACAAUGUUAUUUCCAAGUUUUAUUUUAAAAUGCUCUUCCACUAGGCAGUGGGCUGUUUAAAUAACAAUUUUUUUUUCAGAGGAAACUGCACUAAGGCUGAAAAUUUAUUUAUACACUGAAAGAAACUAGUCAGAGUGAUUUUACUUAACCCUUGGAAUAGGUAGUAGAAUACUAGGUGCACUAUUAUGCACUAAUUACUUUGUCUUCCUUUGUUUG